GUGUAACUGCCCCAACUUUGCAUGUGGGGAUGCUGUUUUCCACUGUUUGUUGGUACCGAGAUCCACAUGGUUUACCUUGGAUUGAGUAUCUACAUACAGGAGCAUCCAAAAUCUGGUAUGGUGUUGCUGCUAAUCAAGAGGAGAAGCUCUGUGCAGCUCUCAAGAAAAUUGUUCCAGACUUCGUUAAAGAUUCUGCUAUAUGGCUCCCUUCUGAUACUGCCAUGGUUCCUCCUACGGAGCUGGUUCGUGAAGGUGUCCGUGUGUGCCGCGUUGUGCAAGAUCCAGGGCAGUUUGUUGUUGUCUUUCCAGGUGCAUUUACUUCCAGUAUUUGUAAAGGAUACCUUAUCUCAGAAAGUGCAUUCUUUGCAAGACCACAGUAUUUUGAUCGUGCUGUUGCUUCUUUCAAAGCUCUUCAUGAUUGCUGUGAACCUUCCAUGUUCUCCUUAGACCGUCUUGUACUCUCUGUUGUAAGUGAUCCAAGAGCAACACUUGAUGGUCUCUUACGUGCUAGAGAACUUGUGCUGCAAGUCGUAGAAAAAGAAAAGAGGCUACGCUCUCAGUUAGUAGAUAUUGGUUUAGAAACGAGCGAACGAUUAUCAACUCCAGAUUCUCAUCGUAAAAAGAAAAAUCGUUUUAUUGAGGACGAAGAAGAAAAUAUGUGUGAAGUAUGUCGGCAAAACCUUUACGUGGCAUUGGUUACCAAUUCACAAGAAGAAGCUGUUUAUUGCCUUGAACACGCCCUUCUCUUCCUGAGUAAGAAUCCAUCCCAUCUGGAAUUUUGCAAACUUAUGUAUACAUACAGUUUGUCUGAAUUGGAUAGUGCAAUAAAGCAGAUGGAUGAAAGGAUUCAUGCCAAAAGUGGCAGCAAAAAAUCCCCUUACAGCAAGAAGGCAAAAUCUCGGGAACAUCUUGAUUCCUUCAGUAGCACCAGUAGUUCGAAUCUUUGAUGGUAAUUUGAGCUGUGACGUAUCACAGCUCAUUAUUCUUGGUUGCCAAGGGAAAGUGGUGAUAGUCAUUAAUGUCAGUCAAUACUAUAUUUUUGAAUGGAUGACUUUUGCAUUGCACUGAAAUAACUUUUGCAAACACAGGCUCCCAAGUUCAUCUUAUUAUAUCUGUGGUGUCAUUUUAUAAUUAGUAUUUUGUGCUUAUGUUGGUUUUAUGUGAAUGCUCCAGCUAUGGUUUAUUUUGUAUGGAGAAAAUUUGUCAAGAAAUUUAACACUGUGAUGUCACAACUUUGUAAAUGGCAAAUGUGAGCCUUUCUUAUCAGUCAGUCCUCGUUUACAGAAGUAUAUGCAGUAGUUCGUUUUAAAUAUAUUUAACACAAUGUCUGUAUAAUCAUGCUCGUUGCAAGAUGAUGAUAAAAAUUUUCUUGGAUAGUACAUAAAACCUAUUCGUGAUGCUUUAAAGAAUUAAAAAAAGAUUUCACCUUUAUUGGAGUUAAAGAGAACUUAUUUGCCAUUACUUUUGCCUAUUACUGACUGAGUAAUUUGAUGAAUUAAAAGAAAAGGCUUCCAUGCAUGGACAUGCAUGAUUGUUUCAAAAUUUCAUGUAGAAGAAAUUUUUUCUUUAAAUAAGUAGGAUGUGGUAUUUAAAAUUUUUGGAUACAUCCAAUAUUUUAUUUAAUCUUUGACGUGGAACAUGAUAUUAACAAUAUUCUUUGGGAGAGAGCAAUACAAUUGAGUAAAUUAUAUGUACAGGCAAAUAGGGAGCCAAAAUAGAAUGUGGUUCCAGAUUGCAUUAAUUAAUAUAAAGUACAGUAAUGAAAUUGCUGUAUUUAAUUUUCAAAUGUUUUGAUGAAACCUUUGGGGAAAAAAUUCAGGAAUUUAGUCAUAACAAUACCAAACGUUGAAGUGUCUGUAAAUACUAUACCAAGCUAGAUACUUUGUAAAAGUUUACCUUUACUUGAAAUAAUAAUUAAGUACUAAGGAAAAUAGUCACAAAUUCAUGGAUUUGCAAUUGGUAUUUAUCAGUGCAAGUAAUUUUUUAAUGGCAGCCACAUUACAUUUGGUGUGUUGUAACUGUUGAUACUAUGUAUCUUUCUUUUCAGUAGCGUUUAGGAAGUAUGCCUUGUAUAUAAUAUUCUAUAUGCUAAAAAGUUCUAUGCAUCGCAGAUUGAUGUGCGUAUCGAGGCAAUAUUUGAAA